AUGCACGUGACAGCCACAAAGCAGGACAAGACUACGGUCGUACUACCAGACCUGUUCAAGGGCUUUGUUGUUCAAACACCCCGUAUCAACAAAGGCUAUGAGGCAGUCAAGCCAGUCUCUGAACAAUGGCUUUCAGAAAAAUGCCAGUUCUCUCCUCGGAUGAAGAAAAGAGUCGAGUUCUGCGACUUUGCUCUUUUCAUCUCUAUUGCAGCUCCUGAUGCCCCUGGUGAUAGACUCAAGACUAUGUGCGACUGGGGUAACUGGGUAUUUCCUUUUGAUGAUUUGUUUGAUGAAGGGUCAUUGAAGAAUGCUCAGAAGCAGGCUCAAUUCGUUAUCGACAGUCUCAUGGCAGAUAUGCUUGGUAAAACAUUUACCAACAAGAAGAUUCGUGUUGUGCAAGCACAUGAUGAUAUCUUUCGAAGAGUUUCCGAGGUAAGCAGAAGCGCUCGGACGAGAUUUGCUCUCGCAAUGAGAGACUAUACAGAUGGAGUUAUUCAUCAUGUGAAGCAUUUCUCUUCCAACAGUAUUCCAAGUAUCGAAGAUAUGCUUCAUACCAGGAGACUAUCAUCUGGCGUUACGCCUUUAUAUCACCUUGUUGAAUAUGCUCAUGGUAUUCAAUUACCUGAUGAGGUGUUUGAGAACCCUGUCAUUCAAACGUUAGAACGUCUUGGUGUGGACUUUGUCUUAUUGGCAAACGACGUCUUGUCUUACAGAAAAGAAGAGAAUGACGAUUCUCCCUUCAGCAUGGUUGCCUCUUGCAGAAUGGCUGGCCAAUCUGCCCAGGAAGCCUUUGACACCGUGGGCGCACUUCUCGAAGAGCGACACCAAGAAUGGCAGACAGUCAUAGCGGAACUACCAAGCUGGGGACCAGAAAUUGACGCUCAGGUGACACGAUAUGUCGAGGGCAUCCGAAACGUUGUCCAAGCUAAUGUCACAUGGAGCUUCCAAUCGGGGAGGUACUUUGGGAAACAAGCCCAAGAAAUUCGACAAACUCGGUUGGUUGACGUGAUGAUCAACCCCCCGUAUCUGCAGCAGCGGGAGCAACAGCAGCAACGUCAUGCAGCCAACAUUCAUUCGGGUCACUGGCCAAAGAGUCUUUCUUCAUUGGUUCAGCAUGUAUCCUGGUCGUUUCUUUUGAGCCUUGUGAUCAUCUGUUACUUUGCCGUGAUUAUUCGGCAUUGA